AUGAAUUUUUUAAUACUUUAAUAUUAAUUUUAUUUGAAUAGAAAAUGCAGAUUAGAUGUACUUAAGCUGAUCAUCAAAAUCAGUCGAUAAUAGGAAUUUGUAUUGAGAGCAACUGUAAAUAUCAAAGGCCAUAUUGCCAUUAUUGUUUAUCUAAUCAUGUUUAAAAUAUUAAUAAAUUAAUACCUUUGGAAUGCUUAAAUGAAUGGAUUGAAAGGAGAAUUCUCGUUAUUAGCAAUAUAUAAAAAAAUGCUUAACAGUGUUAAUCAGUCCUUGAAAGUCUUAUAAAAUUAUUUAUUCCUUACUUCCACAUAAAUAUCGAAUAAAUAGGAAUCUCUUAGAUUGAUAACAUAAUUAGAGGCUUAAGUUAAAUAGAAGUUUGUGAGUAAUAAUUAAUUAACCAACUCAAAUAAUCAAUCCAAUAAGUUAAAUAAAUUGCAAUCGAAAUAAGAGAAAAAAAACAAAGAUUCAAAAAGAUUAGAAGUAGAAAAUUAAUUUCUAAAUUCAAUAAUCUUAAAUUAUGAAGCCAUUGAUUUAAGAAUAGAACUAACAGGUAAGCAUCUUAAAAUCAAAUCUAAAGCCUUUCACCUUUGACCUCAUUGAAUAAAAUACAAUUAAGUAAUAUUAAUUGUGUAUAGCAAUUGCUUUCAAUAAAGAUUCCUCAAUUGUUGUGACUGGAUGUAAUGAGAAGAUUAAAGUAUAUUAAAAUAUAUUAGGAAAACUGAAUCAAUUAUAAGUGUUAAAUGAAAAUUCAGAUUAUGUGUGGACUUUGAAUUUCAUGAAAGAUACCAAUAAUUUUGUAUCUGGGAGUGAUGAUCAAUUAAUUAUAAUAUGGUAGGGGAAUGGAAAGAAUUAAUGGAAUUGCUAAUAAAUAUUGAAUGGACAUUUAGAUUCUAUAUUAUGUUUAUUGUUGAAUAAUAAUGAUGAUCUAAUUAUAUCUGGGAGUAGUGAUAAUACAAUUAAAUUUUGGAUGAAAUAGAAUUAAUGGUUGUGUUAAUAAAUCAUAACUGAACAUACUGAGAGAGUAUUUUCAUUAAGCUUAAAUGAUCAAUAAAAUAAAGUGAUUUCUUAAAUAAACCAUAGAUUUAUAACACAAAUAUCUUUAAGUCUAAAUAUUAUAAAGUAAAAAAAACAAAAGCAAGAACCUCUUAAUUAUUCUAUAUGA